AUGGUAGGUUCGCGGAUUCCGCAAACCAGCCUCGGGUUACGGGGUCAUUUAAUCACUAAUCUGUCAAAAAGCCAUGCUAUUAGUUUGUAAUAGCAUAGUUGAGUUGCCAUCCGAAAAUGGACAAACAUGCCCUACUUGCAAUCAGCGAAUUGAUUGAAUCUAAAACAUUUGCUUCUUUGCUUGUGGGAUGUAAAAGCUUGUUGCACAUGGGCACUUUACGCUUUAAUCGGUUACGUAUACACAAUCUAUCAUUUAAAGUACCACAACAAAAACGAUAAAUAUAUUAAUAUAAAAUAGGAGACUGCACGAGCGUAAUUUAAGUGGUGCAACAACUCAGGUAUCGGAUGAUAGAGUGAUAGACUAUUGCCAGCUCUGAGCUAACUGUUGCUUUUCUUUGCGCGAUUAUGUGCGUGUGAGGCACUUGCCUAAUGCGUAUUCGGCAGUGAGACAAAGUGUGUGACCCUUGCCAACGGGCGAUUAGAACUAAUCGACCCUCUUGAAACAAAAGAAACCCGCGCAACUAUGCCACAGAAUAGAGACAUACAGAUGACCGUUGUAAACACCGCGGAAGAUUACGUUAUCAUGUACCACUUUUUUCAGGCGAUCGGGCGAAAAAUGAUCAACUGUGCAUGCUCACGUCACUUAUAACUCAUCUCGCUCAACUUGCCGAGCAUGCGCACAAAAAAGUGGGUACACUUGUUACGUCUCUGUAUAUCUCUCCCGUGUGACUAUGCUGUUAUAAGAAUAAACGUCUAAACUGAGAAAAUCAAAGCUAAAGUUUAUUUACCAUUAAAUGAUAUUGACUAUCUAGGGAAAAGAUUUGAUAUAUUGACCAAGUGGUAGAAAAAGCUAUACCUCCAGCAAGUCUGGGGCUUGCUUGCAUGCUUUUUGCUAUUCUUGUAUUGCCGUAUUUCCAUUUGAUUUUUUGGUCCAAAAUUAACCCAGCUUAAUUACGUGAGAAAAUAAUUUGAAUUAAUGACGGACGAAAUUUCAACGGGCCUUUUUGGAUUCCCGAUUUUCGACACGUUAUAUGGCAGGCAGGCCUCGAAAUAAGUGCCGGUCACCGGUCACUGACCGGUAAAAUUUCACAGUUUGACCGGCAAAUAUCGUUGCCUGGCGGACAUGCGUGACCGGUAAUUUUUUAAUAAAAAAGUACGUUCAAAAAUGGAAGAUUGUUGAUUUCCAAGUUUCCAAAGAAGUGUAUGUCCGUCUAGGGUGUAGGCUAAUAACGGCGGCGAAGUGACACAUUUUGUUUUUCCACUUCAAGCGUACCGUACCGAAACGUAUCGAAAACGUUUUUCAAUUUCAAAAUUUCGUGAAUGUCAAUUGGUUAGUACUUCCGUAAUACGGCAACGACGAACUUUUUAUUUUGAUACGCCAAUACAUCCGGAAGUACGUGGAUUUAUAAACCUCUUUUCAAUCUGCGCAUGCUCACCAGUACGUUUCGAUAGGAUGCGGGUGAAGUGGAAAACCGGCUUUAAGGGCUGUUUUCCAGUUACGCGUUUUUCACACGUGCAACGGAAAAGUUUAAAUCUUUCAUAUAAGUGCAAAUAACCUUAACAAAUACACAUUAAAUCAUACACAAAGCUGAAUGCUCAUGUCCCUUUAUAAAUUUAGUUAUUUCAUAAGUAGGAUGUAAAGCGACUUCAACUUGUAUACGUGCGUGAAAACGCGUAACUGGAAUGCAGCCUUGCAGCAUGCUCGCAACUCAAAUUACAGUUGUCAUUUGCGACUUAACAUGCAAGCAUGGCAAACAAUUGCUCUUUUUGUCAGCUUUCAAAUACGAAAUAUUAAUGUGUAAAUUGCGCUGUGAUUACUACUACAGCUUUGAUAAACGCCAUGCAUAUAUGCUUCUAAGUAUUUGUAUACAAAUACACAGUUAAAAUGCGCAAUUAAUUGUUUCUAUAAAAUUACGAGUCACGCGAAAGAUGAGGGGGAAAAAGAAGCUAAGGAGUGACAAUGACCGGCAUAAAUUCCGCUGUGACCGGAAAAUUUAGUGAUCCACCGGUCAUAAUGACCGGUAUAACGUCCAGAUUUAUUUCGAGGCCUGAUGGCCCUUCGUCUUUCGCUCACAUUUCUAAAUAUCACCGCCCGAAAAUAUAUCCGGAAAAGGGCAUGCGGAGGAGGUAGAUGUAAAUGAGUAGUGAUUUCCUUUGUCUUUUUCCUUAUGAAAUGAUUAAUGAGGUUUUAAGAUAUAUUUCAAAAUACACAUUAAUAAUUCAUGAGGAAAAUGCACAAAUAAAUCGUGUUCUAUCUUUGAUUUACAUAAUCUUUAACUUUGAUUUUCUCAACUUACGCAACGUAUUUUUUGAAAAUUACUUCACCGAUGAACUUUUAGUAUAUACGUUAUACGAACUUUACUGCGCGUGUUUUAUCAGACCUAAAGAUACUCGGCUUCGCCUCGUAUCUUUAUGUCUGAUAAAACAUUGCUGCUUAUGUUUUAAAUAGUGCAUAACAAUUUGUCUUGCUCUUUUGUGUUAUGAGUUUCGGCUUUUUUGUGUUAUGUAUAAUUUGUUCAGAACAAUUGUUUUAUAGGUUUUCCACAAGUUUCAUCUGUUUCACCAAAACAGCGUGGUUGGGGCAGGCCAAAACAUCCGCCAUUUUGUGGAGACAAAAUUUUUAUUGAGAAAAGAUAGGAGUUCGUAUUCUGUAUCAAUUAAAUCCUAUGUGUAAGAACCAUACAAUAUGGAAUAAAUUAACACACCCUUUCGAUAAUUACGUCAGAAAUGCCUCCUGGUUCUAUUAAGUAAGGCAUCGCUAUUAAAUAAGGCAACCAAUUUACUUAAACUUAAAUUGACUAAUCCCCAGUUUAUUUACUUUUCCACAGUUGAUAUGUGAUGCUGUGGUUGCAGCUGCGGGAAAACUACAUCAGUCGCUGUAUGAAAAUGAUGACGUUGAAUUGGAUAUUCCUUUAAUUCAUUUUACCUACUCCUUAAUCCAAGCCCGUUUGGUAAACUUUUCUGAACUUGUUCAUGCUUUUCCUAAUCUGGUUCAAACAAUAUCGACAAAAUAUGAUCAAUUGAAUGUUGAGGAAAUGGUUAGUAUUACCUAUUAUAGUAAAACAAUAACGAAAUCUAAUUCCUUUUUAUAACAUGAUCGGUUAACCUGUUGGUGACGUGACCUACUUCCCCUCUUUCUGGCUAGAUGCAUGUACUUUUGAGCUGGUGUCUAUACAGCUGGUGUCUUUAAAAGUUUUGAUAUUUGAUUUAAUGAAAAUUGUAGAAAAAACCUUAUAAAAUUAUUUAUAAAUUGAUAAUUUUGUAAUUAAAAGUCAUAUGUUAUUUAAGGGGAUUUUUUAAUUUUAAAAGUAUUCUUAAAUUCUUAAUACAAUUAUUGUGUUACCAUGACAACUACUUUAAAUACUUUAUCUUCGAGGAAUCUAACGGUUUUGCAACAAGGCGAGAGGUUUCUCUAUGCAUGUAUAAUAACUAGUUCUAGUUGCAAGAAAUGUUUGUUAUUUUGCUGUCGUCAUGCAGUCGUUAUGAUGCAGAUUUUAAACUUGACUAAUCAAUGUUGCUAUACACGUCAGUCAGCUUUAUUUUGAGAUCAGUGAGGAUGACCACACACCAAACAGUAAACGGUAAAAACGGUAAACUUGGCAAAAAUAGCCUGGCGGAAUUAGUACCCUCGCCCCGGGCUUACGCCCGCAACAGCGCUCGGUACUGUUGGCUUGGGAUAAAAAGUACAAAUUAUCAUAUUAUAUGUUUCAAGUCUGGCCCCUGACUCAAACAAGGUACAAUAUUUUGGUGUUUCUAAAAUAAUCUUAAUUCCUGAAGCCAAACAGCUAACAUUUGAGAGACAGCCGUUUUACCGAGGAUUUAUGACCAUUUUCGUGCAAUGCCAACGUAUUCUUAUAAGCAUCAUUAAACCACGAACCUUUUGCUACAUAUUUUGUUGCUCAUUUAAAUCAAGUUUCAGCACUUGGAUUUCUAGUUUUAAAGAUCAGGUAAAGGUCUUAAAUAAAGAGUCCUAAUAAAAUUUAUAUUUAGAAUAUUAUAUAAAAACAUAAGAAAUGGCCUGAGAGUUAUCGUACAUUAUAAACAACAUAUUUGUUGAAAGUUUGUUGUUUACUACAUGUAUAUGUGGAGUUCUUUUUGUUAAUUGGUGUACAGCAUUCUUGAAUUGACUCAGGGUAUUCUUAUAUCUGUCCAGAGAGCCUACGCCUAUGUUAUAAUACUAUAAUACUAAACUUGGCAAUUUUACUGAUGAUGACGUGCUCUUAAGGUGUGGUGUUUAGAUCCCUGCUUUUCUAAAAAUUUGAAUAAAGCUUAAAUUGUAAGACGGCCUAAGUCGGGAAUUCACUUCAUGAUUCUGAUGCUUUAUUACAUCCUUUGUUUAUUUCAUUGUUCAUUUGCAAUACUUGCAGAGUCUGGAUUUGAUGGCACUUGAGUGUUGCUUGGAGCAAUUGGAACCAAAACCUAAAGAUCUGAGAAAUGCUGAUAAUAGAUUGAUUUGGUGUAACCGAGUUCAAUGCAUUCGUCCUAUCAUACAAGUUAUGAUAACUUUAAUUCCAAGACCGUCGCAACAACAGACAGGAAAUGGUGACAGUGAGGCUUGGUUUCAUGCUCAACUUUUUGGAGAAAAAUUUACAUCUUUUUUACAAAACUGCAGGUAUGUACUUAUCGUAUACGGCCAUCGUACAAAUGGCCCCUCCGUGACGCAUCGUUGUUUCUUGAGUGGGGUGUUUUUGAAUACCUAAGGGUGCACAGCUAUUCACCAUACACACUUGUGAAUUUACGACCUGUAGUACAAAAAAGUGUUCAUGGGCUCAACUAAUUAAAAUAGACCAAAAAUAUGAGCGGCAAUCAUGUUUCCACCACAAAAGUAUCUUCAUCUUGCUGGCAGAUGGCAUCAUCCUUCAAGUAUAUAACGCUGCGACUUCAGAUCACCCCUGACGACGACACUGAGCUGGAGUCUCGAAAGGUUGAAUCGUGAACGAAUCUCGACUUGGCAUUGCAUUUAUUUAUUUGAAAACCAUGGUAGCGAGUGAGAACAUGACAGAUAUAGUGCAUAAUGAUCUUGGCCAAUGUCUGCUUUAAACUGAUGAGAGCCAAUUUAUCUACACUACUGCAAUCAUAGUUAUCAAUCUAAGCACAUGAUUAUUUGCAAGUCUGCCAAGGAGAAGAUAGAAAACUACAUUGAUAUACCUUAGAAAUAAUAACUAUUUAUUCAUGGAUAGGCCAUUUCAAUAUAUACACGCCCCAAUAGUAGUACGUCAAGGAAGUGACAUCAUCUGAUUUCUAAUAGAUCAUAGGUCUUAUUUAAUGGCAGAUUAAACGUAUAUUGUUAUAUUAUAAAUUAUGGAGACUUUGUUUGCGGUCAUGUUUGUUCAAACGUUAUAGCUCAACGGAUGUAUAAAAAUCGAACCUUUUGUCGAGCGGUAUACUGUAUUCCAAUCGUCUAAGCAUUACGUCUAAGUGUUUUCCAACUUAUUAUAAACGGACAUUGCUUGUUCCCUGGAUAGAUACUAUAUCGUAUUUCUUUUUAUAGAACCACGUGGAUUCGUCUAGAUGUUGUACGCAUGUUUAUUGAACACACAUGUCCACCCGGACAGUCGACCCAUCCAGCAGAUGCAGAGAACGCUUUUCUACUGUCGAAGGUGAAAUCUAAUACUAUUGUCUUUGCUUUGGAAACACUAGAGUAGAAAUAAUAACUGCAUUAACACAAAAGAAAACGUUACGGUACUUUUCGAAAUGGUUGAUGUGAAAAUGUAGAAAUGAAUAAGUAAACUAUUGAAAUUGUUGCAUGCACAAAAUUUGCGCAAUGAAAAAAUAACAUAACGUUUCGAUGUUAGAAAAAGCCAUUAGACAAUUCGCGGAAUUAGUGACGCUCACACUCAAUUGCAGAUUAAUAAACACAAGCUACUCAAGUUAAAAUUGCGUCUGCAUAAUUUGUAUUCAUUCAUCAUAGUCGGGUAAAACUUCGGCAUACAUAUUGGGUACACGUUUUAAAUUGAACGAUAAUUUAAUUUCUAAAGAACGAAACCAUAUCAUUGUUCUGAUCACAAAUACAAUAGACUUUUGCAAAAUGACGUCACAAGGCUUGAUGCUCGCGAGGAAUGCUGGUCCCAGUAGUCAUCGCCCGGGAAAAUUAAACAAUUCAAAAUGGCCACUAUCGAAAAUUUUCCGGGCGAUGACUUCCAAGAUCAGCAUUCCUCACAGGCAUCAAGCCUUGUAGUGUCAUAAUGCAUAAGGUCUAUUGUUAAAUGGUACAAUAUCUUUUCCAGAAUUUUCCUGUGAGCAACGUUAUUCUGUACACUGACGUCAAUCUCAUUGAUUACCCCCAUGAAAAUUAUAUGGCUGCCACAUAUAUUGUGCUAGAUGCGUAAAGGUUAAAGGCCCUGUCACACUAUUGCGUAUCGUACUAGCGUAUGAAAAAUAUCACUCAUACGCCGGUAUACGCUCACAUAUGCUAGGGGUACGUUAGGGAUAGGUUGUAUACGUUUCAAGCACGGUCGCAUACGGUGGCAUACGCUGGCAUACGGCGAGGCAGAAUUUUUUUUAAGCAUGUUCAAAAAUUUUGUGCGUAUCGGAUGUAUGGCUUUAUACGAUAAGCAUACUCUAGGCACACGCUGAAUACGCUAGAGGUACGCCAGAUGUACGGUACGCAUACGCUGGCAUUUCAAAGGAUUUAUGUGCGUAUGAAAAUUAUUUCAUUAAUUUUCAUACGCUUCUCAUACGUUUCUCUCGUACGCAAUAGUGUGACAGGGCCUUUAUAAAUACAACAGUUUAGAGCAUUUUCUGGACAUAUCUGUCCAGGUGUAUCUGUCCCGAUGCCACCUGUUGAGAUUUCUACAACAAUAGUUGUUAAAAGGGCCCUGCAGUCAUUUUUUAAUCGAAAAGCCACCUCAAGUAUUGUUUACAAAUUUUUGGUAUUGUCGCUACUUGACAUGCGCGCCACGGCAUGCAUGUGUCUUUCGGUGUGCGGAAGUACUCAUAUUCAUGGAUACUACAUGUAAGAUACAGCCAAACGAAUCUCCGUGGAGACCCCUACUUAAGGUGGCUUUUUGACUAAAAAAUUACUGUAGGGCCCCUUUGAAAUAUUGUAUAAUAUGCACACCAACAAGAUUUUAUUUAAUUUUACAGGUUUUAGGAGAAAAUACUGAUUUUUCAACUGUCCGUACUAUGACGGUCAUUGAGAAAUUCCUAAAGCGUUGCAGCGAUGAAAUGAGGGAACGAUUAAUCAGGUAUAGCUACUAAAUUCUUAACGUAAAAAUGUGCAAAAAUAUCUGGAAAGCAGACAGAAAAACACGAUACCUCAUACUAUAACAACCACGUAUCCGGGCUAUUUUCUCUCACACUGUGGUGACAAGGCAAAUUAAGAUCUUGGGUACGAGGUUGAUAAUAUGCAGGCGUGGAUUCAGACUCUGUAUUUCAUGAUUAUUUGAAUAUUCUCGUGCGGGACGAACAUGUAUGGGAUUUCUUAAAAAGAACAUGGCUAGAAAUGAAGGACAGUCAGCGCCACGCAUCGCGGGCGUCGAAUUUAGGGAAACUAUGCACCCGCGAGACACAGCGCUGACUAAGGAAUGAUAAAAUUGAUUCACAUGAGUGAAUAUAUAUGGCAUUUUAUGCCUUUUAUCAAGUCUUUUAUGAAUAUUGAAUAUGUCUUUUUAUCAUUUGUUGCGUAAUUUGAGUACGGUCGACUUUUAAGCACAAGUGACGUCUCGUAUUUCCACAGCAAAAUAUAUAUUGUAAAUAUUUUCCAAUUUUCGCGCUAUUUUGAGCCACUGUGUAUCUUCUUUAAUCGGCCAGCGGCUAUUAGCAUCAAUGUUUACAAAAUGGCGUAAAAGCCACAGUUGUACGGACGAAAUUUUGGGAAAUUUCGCAGCUGUUCUUCACUACAAGCUCUACGGUUGUGAGAAUUUAAGCUUGCAGUUUGUUAAAAAACAGACGAUUUUAAAACCAUUUGGCCGUACGAAUACAAGCUAAGGAGCUUCUAAAGCAACGCAAAAUGACAGUUUGAACAUCGUAUAGGAAAUAUAGACGUGGGCAUUUUGUCUGACUUCUUCUCGAACGAAACUAUACCGGACUGAACAUAGCACCUAAACUCGGAUUUCGCCGUUUUAAUGGAGUUUACAGCAGAAAAUAUCGGCAAAUGGGGUCACUCGGGCCGGCUAAUAGCAAAUCGUGAGACGUCGAGAGUUUGCAAGACAACGCUAUUAAGGUAUUUUAUAGAUUUGUAGACGUGGGCAACUUGAAAAUUUUACACUCUUUCUUUAUGCGCAUCGAUUUUAUAUGUUUAUACUAUUAACGCUCUAUAUUUCCGCCAUCUUGAAUUCAUAAAAUUUGUUAGAUCUGCGCAUAUUUUGACAAAGCGAGCCGCCAUACUGUCCUUUAUUUCUAGCCAUGCUUGAUAUUAAACUCUAUAGCUCAGAAGAACAAAUUUGGCAUCCCAUAUUAAUUAGUAAAAGUUUCCACUAAAGACUGUUUUCAGUACGUGUAGCGUAGGCUCUUACGCUAAGCUGAGAAAGGCUUGACCAAAACGUUUAAUAUGCUUUUUUAGAUUUGACAUCAGUCAGUGUGAAAUUUGUAAGAAUCCUCUCCAAGAUCCUGUUGAAAUGCCAUGCGAGCAUAUAUGCUGUAUGUCUUGCGCAAACGAUUGGUUUCACGAGCAUGAUGUAUGUCCCAUAUGCAGAGAAGAAGUUGGUGUUGACUUUAAAGUUGAAAUCAGCGAAAAGUGCAGGUAAAGUGGAUUACUGGGGUUUAUUAUUGCUUUCCCAAUGCAAUUAGUAACUAUCACAUAUCUUCUCGGACAUCCUCAUACGCGCUUUCUGAGCCAGGCUGUAAAUCGCUUUUGCACUGGUUGGGGGGAAACUCCAGUUUUCCUACAUACCAUUGACACACCAGAUUCUGGUAACUGCUUUUGCGAAGCCCUUCACACGACGAACUACAUCAAUGAAUCCUACGAAUUGCAAGGGCUGAAACCCUUGACAUUUCUCACGCCCCGACUUUUCGUUUUACGACCACCUGCUACGGUUGGAUUACAUGCACAACAGCGAUUAACCAUCAUGGUGUACAUAUUUAAUCCAUAAUUUGUAUGAUUUAACCGAUGAUGAUAUGAUUUCAGUUUUUGUGGUUCAACAUAUUUUUAUUGUGGUUUUGAGUCAAUUUAAUUAAAGUGCACAUGACACAAAACUUCUCUCAAUUUGUUUAUGCAUCACAUGAAAAAUCUUGAAAUUGAUUAAGAAUGGCCUUAGUAAUUUAUUCACAUCUUAUCCACUUCCCAGGUUGUCAGACAUUUUGUAAUUGUGUUAUUACUGUACGUCACUGCACUAUUAAUUUCAAGGUGUUAAUUUAACUGCCAGUAGAGUUCGUAGAAUAACUGUUAAAUAUAGUGCAUAUUUUAAAAACUAUAUAUACCACUUUUUAAAUAACAUUCUUAAUGCGGAUUUGCAUGAAAAAUUUCUAGAUUUUUAGUAGGUAACAAUGGGUUUAAUUUUUUUUAAAGAUGUGCUCUUGAGAUCUACAACAGUUUUCGUAACCGCUGCAAGUCAUUUUUUAUGGAGCUUGUGUCUGUGUAUUGCUUUGGAGAGCAGUUGCCAAAUCCAGAACUAGUUCGAAAAUUCAUUGGCUACGUGAUCAAAGAUGAAAAUGAAACUGAAGAUUUUACACCGUUUGAUGGACAAGGAAUUGAUGUCACGCCUGUUAUCAGAUCUUAUAUUUUGCAGCAACUUCUAGCAAUAAAGGAUGGGUAUAUGUUGUUAGCACUUGUUUGUUGAAUUGCUAUAGAUUUGUUGAAUAUUACUAACUGACAUGAUGCAAUUAUCUCAACUAGUGCCGCGACCAACUCUUACACUUUUUCGUCUUCUCCGAACUGCGCUCGAUAACUCGAUUGGGCACGCCAAAUACUAAAGAUAAACAAUAAAACAAACUACAGUGCCUUGUUUAUUUUGGGCUUAAUGUUUCUUGCCAGUCCUUUUAUCUCAGCAUUUUUGGUCGUAUGAGUUUUGUUAUUAUUUUCAUGAAUUAAAAUAAAAAAUUGAUUCACUUCUUUACUCCUUUUUGAACAAUUUGUUAACAUGAUUUUUUAUAUCUCGCCAAUUCCACUCCAAACUCCAUAAUCUACUCCUGAACGUCUUAUGGCCUGUUAGAGAGGAAAUAUUUCGACAAGUUUCCAAGCGAGAUCUCGCCUUGGUAUGAAAAUAAUAAUUAUGAAAAGUUACAGUGCGUUCAUAUGAGACAACAAGUUUUCCCGCUUGUUGACAGGCGAGAUCUCGCUUGUUGACAGGUGAGAUCUUGGUGACCGGGAUAAUGAUUUGGCUGGUCGGAAGGUUUUCUCGUUAAUCGGGUUAACUUUUGCCCAUAUGAACAGGCCCUUAGCUAUUUUUGAUAUGACCAACCAAUUAAUCAUGAAAAAUAGCUGUGCGUAUUCCGUGAUCAUUUAUUAACUGUUGAACUGCUAUAUAGCUGUUCGUAUUUCUGUGUGGACAUAGCCAAGCGGAUUAUUAUUCACCCCCGGGUUAUCACCCGGAGCCAAUGUCGCGUAGCAAAUUUUCUAUAGUCCAAUUUAUUUUUUAAUAAAUUAAUGAUCCGAAUAUUGCAAACAUAUUUUUCAGAGAAAAAGAAGUAUACAAACAUUUAGAAGAAUAUCUUCAUCGUGCAAGUGGUUUAGCAGAACAAAGAGAACAUUUUAUUGAAGUUUGCGUAUUGUGUGUGCAGUGUAUGGAGGUAUCCAGAUAAAUUAUAUAUUUUUUACGUAAACAAAAUUAAUAUAAUAUAGUCAUUCACCCAUGCAUUAAUUCUUAUGCAGUGAGCAGCAUACGAUGGUGACACAAAAGCUACAAGAGUUUCGAAAAUCAGAAGACAAAAAAUAAUUGCUUUAAAAGGGGUAAAAACGCAUCGUGGAACUUCCCAAAAAAUUGGACAGGUGGCAAAUACCUUUUAUGUAUAGAAACUAGUUUAAAUAUUCGCUUUUUCAAAAAAUAAUACAGAAAGAGCAACUGAAAAGCGCGUUAAUGCAGGGACUUGGGAAUAUUAAUUAUUUGGAGAAAAUUGCAACGAAAAACAAAUACAUUUGCAAUCAGCAAGGACUUACUCUACUACAAAACAUCGACGUCAAAUAUUUCAAUGUUUUCUGGAGCCAAUACUGCUAAAACCAAUGAUUUUACUGUAAGUUUCAAGCAUCCCUGCAUGCAAUUGUAAAUCGCAGUCAUAAUCAUAGAUCUUAUCUGUUGCCAUUUUGUGUAGAAAAACAUUUACGAGCAUUAAUAGCAGAAGGCAUUCUAAUCCGAUUAUAUCAGUUGCUCAUUAUCUUAUAGUAAAUGCAUGGUUUAAUUUGUGACUAGAUAGAUAGCAACCGGCCAGUUUCAAUUUUUGUAAGAUAAACCGAUUCUACCCAAACCUCUCCUUAACCCCAAAGCUAGUCCCAAACCUUUUAGAUUGUUUCUUUUUACACAUUUACCGCGGUUAAGUUUAAAAAGUCGGAAAAGUCAGACACUUUUUUAAAUUAAAAUUUGCAGUCAAUGCCAUCACAAUUUUUUUUAUAUUAAGAAGGGAAUGUCAGUUAAAUGACUGGCAGCUUUACUCAACAGCGGACUAUCUUGUAACUGUAUAUAUAAAUUAGUAUAGGUAUUCACAUGGGAAAGAAUGCAAUUAAUGAUUAGCAAAACGAGUAAUAUUUGAAAAAUGUGUCAAAAUUGCACGAGUCGCCGGGGCGAGUCACUAUUAUUUAUUUAUUAUAUGCAAGCAAAUAUUUUCUAAGCAAUUUGGCAUUAACAAACUUGGGGAAUGAUCAAUUAAGGCACAUAAUUUAAACUAGAACACAUGCAUGAUUCUAACUCAAAGAGCAUUAUUUUAGAAUAUAAGAGAAUCCUGAUAUAAAAUCGUAUUACAGAUUUGCAUGAUAAAACUAACAGUGACCAGAUUAAUUCUGCAGCGAGAUAUUGCACCUCUUUUACUUUACAUUGCUCUUUUUGUACAACAUUAACAAGCAGGGAUAACGGCAAAUUUAACUUUUGCUGGCUUUGAGUUUAUGAAAUUUAGCUUUAUCAAACUUCGUUGAAUCGUUUUUCUUUAAUAUUGAUUUCUUUAUCUAGGAUGUACAAACAGUGAAAUUAUUGAAAGCGAAGGAAGGUGGGGCAAAUGUACAAAUCUUAUUGGCAAGCAGAGAGUUGGCAAGAACGUUACGUACGAUUCAUAUUCACCAAAACUCAUUGACUACCAAUUGUCUCAAAGAUAUCGCUGGAAUAAGGGCUGCAUUGGAUGUCCUUUCUACGUAUUUAGGCGACGAUUUUGCUGAAAAUGUUAAGCGUUUUGAUGCCCUUCCAAAGUGCCUUGAAACAGCAAAACACCUGUGUAGUAAUUCAAGUCGAUCUGCUUUGCAGUUAUUUUUAUUGAAACAAUUAGUUCGCCAUGACCCCAAUGGGAUUGAAGCUGUUAAGGAAAGAUGUAAAACAAAGGACCUUAAAUGGAUUAUGCCGCCACAGUUUGAGGUAAUACAAUUUUUCUAAUGGUUCUAAACACCUGUCAAGUGCUCUCGUUUAAUACAUACAAUUUGAAACAUAAGCUGCAUGAUCUCACUGUUUAUUUCAAUGCAGUGCGUGUAAAUUUCUAAAACGAACAGUCGUGAAGAUCGGCAAACGAUCCGACCUGAGUUUUUUACAUUAAUCUAUAGCAUUUAUUUCUGAGUAGUCUGUUCAGGCAGUGCUAUAUGAUGUCAUUUAGUCACAGUGGGAAAAUGCGCCUGCCAAAGCUGCUGUGAUUAAACCGAUGCUAUGUUUAUGAAAGUCUGUAUGUCAUCAAACAAUUGUAUUUCAAUUAAUUGAAAUGAUUGUAUUUCAAUUAAUUGAAAUGUCAUUUUUCUUGAGCGUUUUCUUAAAUUGAUUGUACAACAGUAUUGUUAAAAUUUUCUACUCUUCAACAGCUUCGACAUAAGCAAAAAAAUCAACUUAAUACUCAAAUAUUAAUUUACAUUGAUAAGCCCGAAUAUGAUUAGAUUAGAAUGUAUUUUUCGUAGGCUAUGCAAUUAAGCACUAUACAGGUGCAUAAAUGUCCAAUUAUCCCAUCGGAAAGCGUUUUAUCAGACGUAUAAAUUAACAUUUAAUGUUUGCAUGUUCUUUAAUGUUCAGAAAUGAUUUAAAUUACUGUCUCUCCAAUCAAACUUUAUCGAGCUUCUGUUAUACUAUUUUUUUUAGGAGCAAGAUAAAACUCCGGACACUUUCAUAGUUCAUCAUGAAAAUUAUCACACUGUGCGAGAGGCUCUUGGCAAAGCAAUACUUACAUCUAACAUCGAUGACUUAAAUCUAGUCAUUCAAG